AAAAUAUCUUCAGCAGCUAGGGUUUUUCUCCCCCAAAUUCUCUCGAAAAACCUAGCAGUCUCUCUUUCUCUCUCUGUCUCCAUGGGCAAGUCUAGCAAGAAAUCCGCCGCCAAGGUUGAAGCUGCGGCUAUACCUGCAAAGGCUUUGAAGAAAGGCAAGAGAGACGCAGAAGAUGAUUUGGAGGCGCAAGUAAAUCUGAAGAAGCAGAAAAAAGAUGUGAAUGCUGCUGUUGUGAAGGAGAAGGCUGAGAAGAAGGUUCCAAAGAAGGUAGAAAGCAGCAGUUCUGACUCAUCAGAUUCUUCUGAUUCUGAAGAAGAGCAAAAGGUUAAAAAGGUAGCAGUCAAGAAGGCUCCUACUAAGGACUCCAGCAGUGACGAGUCUUCAUCUGAUGAUGAACCCGCAAAGAAGAAGCCAGUUGCUGCCACUAAUGGAAAUGCUGCAAAGUCUGUGAAACCAUCCAGUAAAGAUGAUUCAUCUUCUGAGGAUGAAUCUUCAGAUGAGGAGCCUGCUGCAGCCAAGAAGCCUGCUGCUACUGCUGCUGCUGCUAAGAAUGGUUCUGUGAAGGACAAGGCAUCCAGCAGUUCAUCGUCCGAGGAUGAGUCGUCUUCGGAUGAGGAACCUGCUCCUGUGAAGAAGCAGCCUGCAGCUACUAAGAAUGCCAAGCCAGCUUCUGACGACUCCUCAUCCUCUGAGGAUGAAUCUGAAGAUGAGAAGAAGCCGGCUGCCGCUGCUGCUGCUGUCAAGAAACCUAAGGAAUCUAGCAGUGAUGAUUCCUCUGAUGAUGAAUCCUCGGAUGAGGAACCUGCCCCGAAAAAACAGACUGCUGAAAAGAAAACCAAGCCUGCCAGCAGUUCUGACUCUUCAGAUGAGGAUUCUGAUGAGGAAAGUGAUGAUGAAGCUCCUCAGAAGAAGGCUAAAGUUUCAUCUACAGCUGACAAGAAGUCUGCUGCUACAAAAAAAGACAGUAGCGAUGAAUCUAGUGAGGACUCCUCUGAUGAUGAGGAGAGUGAAGAUGAGAAAACUCCUAAGAAAAAGGGUUCUGAUGUUGAAAUGGCGGAUGCGGAACAAAAAUCAAGUGUGAAACAGCCAAAGACACCAAUUACUCCUCAGACACAGGGAGGAUCAAAGACUUUAUUUGUGGGCAACCUUUCUUUCCAAGUUGAAAAAGCAGACGUUGAGAAUUUCUUCAAAGAUGCUGGUGAAGUUGUCGAUGUCCGGUUUGCUUCAGGCGAGGAUGGUAGGUUUAGGGGCUUUGGGCAUGUUGAGUUUGCUUCUGCUGAAGCUGCUCAGAAGGCCCUUGAAUUGAAUGGUCAAUCUCUGUUGGGUCGUGAGGUCAGACUUGAUCUUGCUCGGGAGAAGGGUGCAUAUACACCUCAGAGCGGCAAAACGAACAACUUCCAGAGCGGUGGGAGAGGUCAGGGCACUACAGUUUUCGUCAAGGGAUUCGACUAUUCCCUCAGUGAAGACGAGGUUAGGAGUGCUUUGAAAGACCAUUUUGGUGGCUGUGGAGAGAUCAAUAGGAUUUCUGUUCCAACAGACCGUGAGACUGGCAGCGUUAAGGGGUUUGCAUACAUGGAUGUGAAGGACAGUGAAGCCAUGAACAAGGCGCUGGAGCUGAAUGGGAGUGAAAUGGGAGGAUACAACCUCACAGUUGACGAAGCCCAACCCAGAGAUGGUGGAUUCAGUGGCGGAGGAAGAAGCGGAGGAAGAGGAGGAGGAGGUUUCAGUGGUGGCGGAAGAAGCGGAGGAAGAGGCGGAAGAAGCGGCGGCAGAGAUGGUGGUGGCAGAUUCGGAGGCGGCAGAGGCAGAGGUGGCCGAGGAGGUGGCGGCAGGGGAGGUCGUGGAACACCCUACAACAAGCCCAGCUUCACUGCCUCUGCAGGAAAGAAGACUACCUUCAACAACGACGACUAGAAUGGAAGGAGCGCUUUGUAGGAGGGAGGGAGGGAAGGCUCUCAUAAUAUUCCAUCGUUUUUGUAUUAAGAAAGCCUUUUUUUAAAAAAAAUGAUGAUACUCGUUACCAUUUUUAUAUUUCCUGUUUUAGAUACAAGUGUUCUUUUUAGGGUUUGAACUUGCUCUGUCACAAUUUUGGUUUUCUUUUGGGAUCUAUUAGAAAUCUUUAACCGGUUGGUAUCCUUGUCUUAA